AUGGAGCUCGUCAACCUGUCACUCACCGGGCUCAGUGAGGGAGAUCAGGGGAAAGGAUUCCCAGGGGGCCGGAGCUUGUAUCAAUUCAUAGGCAGGGGGCUGUGGAUACCUACUAUCAAUGGUAGUGGUAAUGCACUUGAGACAGAAAUGCCUGAUGCAGGGAAUGCAUCCGCAUCCACACAAGAUGGAGGCUCAAUUUCUUACCUCCUGUCCUCCAGAGAUGUCCAUGCUGUGUGUCUGUGGGAUGAUAAAGGACCAGCCAAAAUCCACCAGGCUCUCAAAGAGGACAUCCUAGACUUCAUCAAACAAGCACAGGCUCGGGUGCUGAGCCACCAGGAUGACACGGCGCUGCUAAAAGCCUACAUUGCAGAGUGGAGGAAGUUCUUCACCCAAUGCGACAUCCUGCCCAAACCCUUCUGUCAGCUGGAGAUCACUCUGAUGGGCAAACAAGGCAGCAACAAGAAAACAAACAUGGAGGACAGCAUCGUACGCAAGCUGAUGCUGGACACGUGGAACGAGUCGAUCUUUUCCAACAUUAAGAGUCGCCUGCAGGACAGCGCCAUGAAGCUGGUGCACGCUGAGAGGCUGGGGGAGGCCUUCGACUCCCAGCUCGUUAUAGGAGUACGAGAGUCGUAUGUAAACCUGUGUUCUAACUCGGAGGACAAGCUGCAGAUCUACAGGGAUAACUUUGAGAAAGCCUACCUGGACUCUACAGAGAGGUUUUACAGAACACAGGCACCGUCCUACCUGCAACAGAAUGGCGUCCAGAACUACAUGAAAUAUGCAGACGCAAAGCUAAGAGAAGAGGAGAAGAGAGCACUUAGGUAUCUAGAGACACGUCGUGAAUGUAACUCUGUUCAAGCAGUAAGUGUCUCUGACAGGAUCUAAAGUAUUUCACUCUCUCUAGCCAGUUCUUUGGUUUCUGUAGCGUGUGAGUUUCAAAGUUUCAUCACCCUGAUCCAGCAACUUUAUGAAGGCGCCACACGCCAAAUUAUCCAUAACGACAAAUUGACAGAGGAGUUUGAGGUGAGAACAGGAGUCCGACAAGGAUGCAUGCUCUCCCCAAUGAUCUUCCUGUUAGUGGUCGACUGGGUGAUGCAUCAGACAAUUAAAACAGGAAAAACCGGAAUCCAGUGGUCCCUGACUCAAUUCCUUGAAGACCUGGACUUUGCGGAUGACUUGUGCCUGAUGUCCCAGAAAUGCCAACAUAUGCA